AUGCCCGCACCCGCACCUGCUACUAUACCCAUGGCCGACGCGAAGAUACAGAAAAGACCCAUCUUCCCCGUCCUCCACGAUCGGCUCCACGUAUAUCUCGAGCAGAAGGGCAUGUCCACCGAUGUCAUCCGCCACCCCAAUCCUUCCCGUCAGACUUUGGACUGCCACGUACUCCCAGGUGGCACGCUCAACCGCGGCAUAUCGUUCUUCCACUCCACGGAGAUCCUCAAGGGGCGCCCGCACGCCGAUGAAUAUCUGAUGCCACCCUCCUCUCCCGGUGCACUGAGCUCAGCUCACCUUCAGGCCGUCGUCCUCUUCUCGGGCAAGUUCAGGAUUGAGUUGAGCGGUCUCGGCACGAUGGAGGUCAAGGGCGGGGGUGCAGCGGACAUGGCUCGCGUGGUGGAGAGUAUGGAGGUUGCGACGGGCUGCAGCGGGCGCACUACCACGCCACGCACCUUUCCCGAAGCCUUUCACGAUACGACCUUUCAGACGGAGAUAGGGCAGUUCAUCGAUUUCACAACUCUGAUUUCAAAACUUCAAGACCAGGAGUUCGUCAUCUACAAGAUCGCGUCCGACGCAGCUCUUCUUCCACCUCGACCCGCGUUGCCGCCGGCCUAA